AUGUCAUCUGCUGAGAAUGCAAACAAGCCUUUAAACCUUGCAGCUAAGAGGAUUUUGAAACUGGUCAAAUGGUCACAAAAAAUGCGUGAAGACACUCCAGCUUUGAAAAAGAUGGCACAUGAGAUCACCAUGACUUUGGCAACCGCAUUUGCCCAACACGGCAAUGCUGCUACUUUGCUGGUGCCCAUACUCUUGUCCUGCGCUACUGAAAUCCAGGACAAGAGCACACCUGAUGGCAGGCUGAGAGCAUUGCCUGAUUUGUCUGUCAUUUCAGAUGACGACCAAUGGAUUCAAAACCAUCCUUUGUAUGGCAAGACCCUUGUGUACUGGCACCAAGAUUCAGACAAUGCACCACCGGCAGGACCUGCCAUCCCCACCCCAGUGCUGUAUGUCUCGCUGCCACCACCACCAACAGUUGUUGCUCUGACUCCAAUGUCUUUCCCCCUUAAGCACAACCUAUUUGUGCCCGGAAAUGUGAAGAAAUGA